ACUCUUGUGCUCUGUCUUCACUGCUUUAGGCAACUAUUUGACUGACCCCUGGUGGUCACGUGGAGCUGUCGCCACGCAAGUCUGGGUCCUUCUGUGAACGAUUGGGCCCUCGCUGCCUCUGAGCCACUCCUGAGUCGCCUGAUCGCGCGAGAGCUUAGAGGGGCGGGUUUGGGGUCAGUCUAGUGGGGGCUUGUACGACAGCAUCCGCUGCCACUGAGCCCUGCUUAGGUUCUCUGUUAGGUGCGGGAAGCUGGGUCAGGCUGCCACUGCGGCACCCUGAGUCUGGAAAGCGCCGAAGCGCUCUGGAAAAAUCCGGACAGCCUCACUCCCCGCCAGGUGCCAGGGUUAGGAGCCACCGAGGCUAAAGUGAGAGUCCGGCAGUCUUCCCUUGACUGAGCCACGGCGGCGGCCCUGGGAGCAGAGGUGGAGCAACCCCAUUACGCUAAGGAUGAAAGGCUGGGGUUGGCUGGCCCUGCUUCUAGGGGCCCUGCUGGGAAGUGCCUGGGCUCGAAGGAGCCAGGAUCUACACUGUGGAGCUUGCAGGGCUCUGGUGGAUGAACUAGAGUGGGAAAUUGCCCAGGUGGAUCCCAAGAAGACCAUUCAGAUGGGAUCUUUCCGGAUCAAUCCAGAUGGCAGUCAGUCAGUGGUGGAGGUACCCUAUGCCCGCUCAGAGGCCCACCUCACAGAGCUGCUAGAGGAAGUCUGUGACCGCAUGAAGGAGUACGGGGAACAGAUUGACCUUUCCACCCACCGCAAGAACUACGUACGUGUUGUGGGCCGGAAUGGAGAAUCCAGCGAACUAGACCUACAGGGCAUCCGAAUUGACUCAGAUAUCAGUGGCACCCUCAAGUUUGCGUGCGAGAGCAUUGUGGAGGAAUAUGAGGAUGAACUUAUAGAAUUCUUUUCCCGAGAGGCUGACAACGUUAAAGACAAACUUUGCAGUAAGCGAACAGAUCUGUGUGACCACGCCCUGCAUAUAUCUCAUGAUGAGCUAUGAUCCACUGGAGCAGCGCAGACCAGCUUGAUGAAAUCACCCCCAGGAGGGGAAGAUGGUGGCAUUGCCUUUUAUAUUAUGUUUUUAUGGAAAUGAACUGAAAAAAAAUCUGAAACUAAAAGUACAAA